GGAGGACGUUUCCCACCAGGUCUGGUUUUUAUAAAUCCUAGAGGUUGACUAGAACUGGCGUACGCUGUUUUUUGUUCCUACGCCAGCUGUAGAAACGAGGCGCCGGAUCAUAAUUAAUUUUCUAUCAGAAACAUAAAAUAUAGGGGACAGGGCUUGUUUUCCAGGCUGUUCCACGCUCCUUCCCAGUUGGUGGCGGUAAUGCACAUCUGAACGUUGUUUGCCAACAACCAAGACACGGAAGAAGAAGAAGAAGAAGAAGAAGAAGAAGAAGAUGGCGCGACGUUUAAACUCGCAGCUGUCAGUUCGGAUUUACAAACUAAUAACGUGUAAAUAAGUGAAAGUAGUUCGGUGAAAACCACCGCGGCUUGUCAGAAGUUUCAGCCGGGUAUCAUGAUCGGCGGCCGGCGGAACUUUGACCCUGCGGCCGGUCUGACCGCUUCCCCGCUGGAGCCUCAGGCGGUCAGACCACCGAGGGCGAACCGCCUGAGCCGGAGCUCCAGACUGACUCAGGCGGGCCCGGCUGAGGUGGAUUCACCGCGAAGCCAGCAAGCAGAUUUCAAGACUCCCACCAGAAUCCCCAGGUCCAGACGAGCAGCUGUUUCCAGUGAAGAGUCUCCUCACACCGACUCCGACUUCCAGCAGGACAUCAUUUGGGACGCCACUUCGCCGUCGCCCCGCAGGCUCGGUAAAAGAGGAAGAAAACCCAUAGCUGGAGUCGUCAACAUCUCAGAGAUCGUCAGGAAGAUCGCUCCAAAGCAUGGAAGGCCGCAGGUCCCAGAGCCGACAUUACAGCAGUGGAUCGGAGACAGCGCCGCCAUUCCCUGCACUCCAGAUGUUAAAGCUCCAAGAGCCAAGAAGUCCCCCAGACCGAGCCGGGUGGACGACCUGCUGAGGCUCGCCAAACAGUUCGACUUCAACAUGUUUCAUCGCGAUGAAGACGAGGAGGAGGAGCACCAGCACCUGGAGGUCCAGUCACAGGACAUCCUGGAGAAAACCGUGGAGACGAGAUGUUCAUCCCUUCCUCCUAAAAACUAUGAAGCGGCUGUGAGCACAGCAGCUGGAUCAAACAUGGAGCCAGAUCACAAUCUGGACCAGGAUCUGAAUCUAGACCAGGAUCUCAACCAGGAUCAACAUCUGGAGGAUGACCUGGACUUCCUGUUUGAUGGACCGACUCAGCACGUUAGCAGAAACCUAAGUCAGCCUUCACAAGUUAAACCUUUGACUUUACCUUCCCCCGCUGUUUCCAUGGUAACCUGUAAACCUUCACACACUGAUGAGUUUGAGGACGACUGGGAAAACGACGACUUGCUUAAUGACUCUGUGGUGAUGGAGAUGACGCAGAAUCCGCAGAACUUCAUGGUCCCAAAGCUCUGCUCGACCCAGAAACCAGCCAGUCAGCCAGGUCGGGGAACACUGACCGGCCCUGUCCCUGCAGCUUUUCAGGUCUCCCACCGGACCGCAUCCAGACCUGAGAAGGACGCAAUGAGUCCGAGGGCGAGUUUCAAACUGCAGUCGGGCUCUGCUUUUUUAGAGAAAAGAUUCCAGACGGACACCAGGACCAUCCAGUUUCCAGCUGAGACCGGGCCUCAGCAGACCCAACAAACAUGUCAGUCAAAGACGGUGCAGCCGGAACCACUGAAACCCUGUUUGGACGAGGGUUUAAAGAAACCUGCUGUGGUUCCGUCCUGCAGCGGCCCGCCAGCCACCGACUUCCUGGAUGAUGGCCUGGACUCCUUCUUCUCGUCGGACCUGGUCUGGGAUGACCUGGCUGACGACCUGCUGUGUGAAAUGUGUGAUGACCUGGAGAACCAGAUCCAGGUUCUGAAUACCUCCUCCACCAGACCGACCCCUGGUUCGUCCAAUCAGAGAGCAGCUUUGCAGCCGACUCACAGAACCUGCGACAACCGGAUGCAACCAGCUGGCUUGGUUGCCGUGGUGAAUGCGGUGGAAGGUCCGAUCAGGUUCACAGAAACUAAAUCUGCUUCAGGAUCAGCAUCCAGGUGUCUUAAGACGAGCAACCAAUCAGCAGCUGCCGUUCCAUUGCCUCAGGAGCACGCCAAAACACACAACUUCACCUUUAAGAAGCCAAGCAACCUGGUCUCCAUGGCAACGAACAAAGCUGUGGGGAAAUGUUCGGCAGCUGAGAUCGAGAUGAAGAAGCAGCAAGCGAUGGAGAGGAGACGGCAGCGUCUGCAGGCCGCGCAGGACCUCCAGGCUCUGAAGUGACAGAACCGAGCCGGGGGUCAGCAGAACCGAGCCGGGGGUCAGCAGAACCGAGCCGGGGGUCAGCAGAACCGAGCCGGGGGUCAGCAGAACCGAGCCGGGGGUCAGCAGUCCUGUCAAAUUUUACUGUAAAGUUUCUGUGUUUUUAUGUUCGUUUUAAAAGAGACGUUCAACGUUUCACAUCGUUAAUUUGUUGUUGUUUUUAAUCUGGACGGGACGGACUCGUACCGUUAUCAAGCUCGAGAUGACAGUUUCACUGCUGCAUGUUAGAAAAGACGACGCCAGCAUCAGCAGGGAAAACAACACUGAUGCUCUUCUGAACACGGACUUUUCCUCUGAUCGCUUCUUCGACGCAUCUUUUAUAGCAGUAACAUGACUGCUCUAUAUUAAAAAUAUAAAUGGUUCAUUUAAAUAAAUACAAAAAGAUUUUAAUGAUCGAAGUGAUUAGGUGAUAUUUAUUAUAGUUUUAGUAACUUUCCAGCUGUUUCCAGCCACUACAUCUCUGGUCCUGUGAUCUGUUCCGGUCACAUUAAACUGCUCCUUUAACAUUGUUGUGAUUGGUUGGAGAAAUCUGAUGUUUGUCUGAUGAUGAGCUCUUUAAUUAGCUUCCUGUCAGCAAGCGUGCUCCAGUUUACCUGCACAGGUGUCACUGACC